UCCUUUUUUACUACGACGAAAUACGAUAAUCGUUGGGUGAGAUUAAACAGCACACGAUCCAUGAGGGAUCCAAUUCAUGGGAUAGAUUUGGGCGAGGUGAAGCAUGUGAGUCGAUUCGAGUUGGAAGACAUGACUGAUGAUUUCAACCAGAAAAACAUUGUUGCUAGAGGUGUGAGGGGUCGGCUAUUCAAAGGUGUGAUGACACAAGGUUCAGAGACUCGGGAGGUUACCGUCAAAACAUGGGAUUUUUCUCCCCCUCUUAAUAUUCGUGAUAUGAACUGCUACUCGGACGCUUUGGCAGGUGAGCUUUUGUUGCUGACCAACUCCGGAUAUCUCAUCACAUCCUAGUCUGGUGAAAUUGAUUGGAUAUUCUGUCCAGAAUUGGCUUGCAGUUGUCUUUGAUUUUAAAUGGAAUCCAAACACUCCAAGAUCUUAUUCCUUGUGGUAGUUUUUCGCUGGAGCAGCGGAUGAAUGUAGCAAUUGACCUUGCACAAGCCAUAGAACAUCUUCAUGAUAGACAGAUAGCCUUGGGAAUCUGUCUGCUUCGAAUGUGUCUAUCGAUCAGGAAUAUAAAGUUAAGUUAUUCAACUUUGACUCCCACCUGAAUCCGAGAUUCCCGAGGAGGUACAUCAAUGCCCUCAAAACAGGGGAUCCAAUACAUUAUACAGACUGCGAGAAAAAGAAUGCUCUUGCUUUAGAUGUGUAUGCAUAUGGCGUCCUGCUUAAGGAGGUUGAUAGCUCAGAAACUGGGGUGUGCCAAAGAGGUUACUGAUGGCAGGACCUACUCAUACGUUGAGCAAUCCUUGCUGGGGUUGGGGCAAGCGAUGUAUGGAGUAUGCCGUUGAUUGCCGACCAAGCAUACAUGAUGUUGUUGCUUCACUAAAACAACUCUCUCCCACAAGAAAGAGGAAAUAUAGAAACACAGCCUCACUGAGCGAUGAUGAUGAUGAAUCCAUGGAACUGUGUUAAUUGUGGGGGUGGAUGGAUUAUGUUUGAAACAAACAACUAUACUUUGACAAUUAUGGUGGCUAAAAAAUGUGUAUUUGAAUUUAAUAUACGGAGUAUAUUGUUUUCUCCCUCCCAAAAAAAUAAAAGAGUAUAUUCCAACAAUUCCAGGUUUAUGAUUGAUAGUGUCCUUAUCAUUCUAUAAACUUGAAAGUGGAUUAAAUAAUACGGAGUAACUAGAUCGGA